AUGACGUCUUUGGCGUAUCCUUCAACGUCGGUGCUUCCGGAUCCAUCGCAUCGUAUUUCGACGGGAUCGAAUUCAAGUCAAGGCAGUUCUGGAUUCGAAAGCAUGAAGUCACAUGGUACAACAUCGGCUUCAUCAUCAUCGUCCUCUUUCCAUACGACAUCCUUACUCACACCCAGCAGCCAUACAGAUUCACCACCAAGCCGAAUAAGUGUACAUUCAAGUGGAAGCGGUGGAAGUGGGUCAUCAUCACUCGCUUCAUCAUCCGUUGACGCUCUUGAUGAGUCUUUUUAUUCGUCAUCAUCCGAAACGCCCGUUAAUGUAACCCAAAUGGUAGCAAAAGGAGUACCCGAAGCUGAAAUAUUAGCCCUAUGGUUGGAUAAGAUUGGUAUGGCUGAAUAUCUGGCGCUAUUUCUGACCCAAGGAUAUGAUUUAUCGUCAAUAGCUCGAAUCACGCCCGAGGAUCUGCUGUCUCUGGGGAUAACGAAUCCAGCUCAUCGAAAACGAUUGAUGAAUGAGAUCCAUAGCUGGCAAAUCACUGACAGUUGGCCAUCUGUUCCACCACAAGGAGGCUUAAGACGGGGUUCGUUUUUGUAUACUUGUCAAUUUAGUGAAUGGCUUACGUUGUUGGCAUUACCCGAAUACAUCAGCGUUUUCGAUUCCCAAGGCUAUGAUUCAGUUCAAGAGGUGAUGAAGUUGAGUUGGGAGGAUUUCGAGGACAUAGGCGUGAAGAGAUUAGGCCAUCUGAAACGCCUCGGCUUGGCUAUAAAGAAGCUCAAGGUAAGUGAACACAGCUACUCUUUAGUUACUACUUUGGCCAGUACUUGA